GCAAUAGUGGAACUAAAAUUCUGAAACGUCAACAUGAUCGUGGUGGAACUUGCUAAUCAAAUUGUGAAUUUCCAUUGAUAUUGCUAUAUUUUGUGUCUAAAUUUGUGAAUUUUAUCAAGGAACUACAACUUUGCAGUGGGACCCGUACAUAAGUGCAGUGUAAAUAUGUAGUUUCGUGGAAAGUGCGCUUAGGAACCAAGUUAUUUUUACUACGGUGUUGAUGUUGAUCAGUUUUUGUGAAAUAAAUCAGUAAAAUGUCGCUCCCUGGCAAUGGUAUCUUCGUGGUGCAGGGCGAGAUGGCAAUGCUCGUCACUGCCAUGCGUAGAAGUACUCGUUGGGGCUCGCAUUCUUUCCCCAACGAAGAAUAUGAUGUGCUCAUGAAAACCUUCCAAGACUUGAAGAUCAUCCUCAAUCAAGUAGACGACCUGAGGCUCUUGGACCCGGCGACGUAUUUAAGUCCGUUCCUAGAAGUCAUCAGAAGCAAAGAAACUACUGGGCCUGUGACUAGUCUAGCUCUAUCAGCUAUACACAAGUUUUUAUCCUAUGGACUAAUAGACCCAACCCACCCCAGCGUGCCUGCCAUAGUGGAAGACAUUUCCGAUGCAGUCACUCAUGCCCGGUUUGUGGGCACCGACCACUCUUCUGACGGAGUUGUGCUCAUGAAGAUACUGCAGGUACUCCGCACACUUAUGUUGAGCCCUGAAGGAGUGAUGCUGACCGACGAAAGUGUCUGUGAAAUUAUGCUCAGCUGUUUUCGAAUCUGCUUUGAGACAAGACUUACAGAACUCCUCCGCCGCAACGCCGAGCAGUGUCUCCGAGACAUGACCCAGCUGAUAUUCAUGCGACUGCCGCAGUUCCCGCCAGAAGACGCCGCGUCGGCCAGCUUUGCCGCGGUCGGGCUGUCGCUGAAGAAACGCGACAAGACCGCCAAGAAGAAGAGCCUGACUGGGAUUCAUAGUACAAAUUCGUUAGAGAGGAAUUCAUCUAUGACCGAGCAAGCCAGCGCCCACGCCGACCCCGAGACAGACAACGAAAAGAAGUUGGAGAAAAUGAGGCACCACCAAGACAAGAACCUGCUAAACGAAGCGGAGAUCACCAUCGAACCCGUGGACCCUCUGAAGACGCCGACCAAGAAGCACAACCGCCACUCGUCCAUGGACCUGGCCUCCCAGAACACGUCCAUCACACAACUGCUGGAGAAGUGCGUGAAUAAGGACGCCGAGCCGGAGAAAAGCGAUGAAGCGGAGAAGACUGACGAGCAGAAGGAGGAAGUUGAAGUGACUGAUGCCGAAGUAAUAGAGCAGGACGGCAGCACAUGCACGAAGCCGGCUGAAGCAGGGGACGCUUCAGCCGAAAAGGAGAAGCUUGAGGAGUACGUGAACCACAGAGGCAUCCGGUUCACGCCGCAGGAAGAUUCGCUCAACCUGCAGCCGUAUGGGCUGGUUUGCGUCAGGGAGCUGUUCAGGUUCCUGAUCUCACUGUGCAACCCGCUAGACAGCCAGAAUACGUCUGCCAUGGUGCACUUAGGACUGUCGCUGGUGGGCACGGCCCUGGAGGUGGGCGCCGACCAGCUGGCCGCCUGCCCCUCGCUGUUCUACCUCGUGCGGGACCCGCUGUGCAGGAACCUGUUGAGCCUUCUAGGCACGGAGAGGAUAUCGAUUUUCGCGUUAGACCUGCAAGUGUCCUUCCUUCUCUUCGAAGCGCUGCGUUUCCAGCUCAAGUUCCAAAUGGAAGCGUUCUUCAAGAAGAUCAUCGAAAUUAUAUCAAUGGACACGUCCAAAGCCAUAUACGAGCUGAAAGAGAUCCAGCAUUUAGCCCUCGAGAGCUUAGCUCAGCUGUUUAGGAUACCAGGCUACUGUACAGAGCUGUAUUUAAACUACGACUGUGACGUGUAUUGUAUGAAUGUUUUCGAGGAGCUCACUAAAUUAUUAUCCAAAAACGUUAUAUCCUCAACAGCUUACAACAUUCACUCGCUAUCACUAGAAGUGUUGUUGACUAUUAUAGACGCAAUCGAAAUGGGUACGCAGCCCAAGAUUGAGAGUAAGAGUGAGACGGAUAUAUUGAAUGUUGAAGAGGAGAAAGAGUCAAAAUAUGGGCGUGGCGGUCACGUGACAUUGGAGUUGGGAGGGAUGGAUGAUGCGUCGGUAGUGAGCGAUCACGUGACGCACGAUAUAAGCCAGUACUUCGUUCCGGGGAGGACGGGCCGUCAUAAGGCGACCACAAACCUCCCCACUGAGGCCGAGUUGGACAAUAUAAGGAAUAUGAAGAAGUGGGUAACCCAAGGCACGGAAUUGUUCAACCAGAAGCCAGAACGUGGAAUAGAGUUCUUGCAAGAGCAUGGGGUUCUAAAGACUCCUUUAGAUCCUCACGAAGUUGCAAUCUUCCUCAGAGAAAAUCCUGAUUUGGAUAAGAAAAUGAUUGGCGAGUACAUCUGCAAGCGUUCGUCUCGCGGCGAGGACGACAGCGAAAGCGGUAGCACUGUGCUAGGAGCAUUCGCUGACAGUUUUGACUACACUGGACUUCGCAUCGAUCAGGCGCUCCGUCUGUACUUGGAAACCUUCCGCCUGCCAGGAGAGGCGCCCUUGAUCUUCCUGGUUAUGGAGAAGUUCGCUGAGAGGUGGCAUUCCACAAACGGCGAGCCAUUUGCCAACACAGACGCGGCUUUCCGCCUGGCCUACGCGGUCAUCAUGCUUAACAUGGACCAACACAAUCACAACGCGAAGAAACUGAACGUGCCCAUGACUGUUGAUGACUUCGUCAAGAAUCUACGAGGGUGCAACGGUUCUGGAGACUUCGAUCAGGCUAUGCUGGAAGCUGUUUAUUAUUCUAUCAAGAACGAAGAGAUGGUGAUGCCAGCAGAGCGAGUGGGUCCGGUUAGAGAGGCCUACUUAUGGCGGGUACUACAGAGGCGCGGACGCACCGCCGCCGCCGCGUACCGCGCGCCCGCGCCGGCCCAUCCGCACCACGCGAGAUUGUUCACUGUUGUCUGCCCUUGUGCGGUAACAGCCCUAUCAGCGGCCUUCGAGCGCGCCGCGCCGCCCUCCCCCGAGGAAAUCGAGUCCAACAACACGCGCUCAAGCGCCGCGCUACUAGCGCUGAGCGGGCUCGAGCGCUGCGCAGCGCUAGUAGCGCGGCAGCCGGCCGACGCGCUGACGGUGGACACUCUGCUGCUCACGCUGUGCAAGUUCACAGCGCUGCAGCCCGCUGUAGCCGCGCCGCAGCACCACUACCGCGCCAUAGGUGUGACGCUGGGCCAGUCCAGCAAGGCACAGCUGGCUCUAAGACGCGCAUGUGCGGUGGCAGCAAGACACGCUGACUGCGUGCGUGACGCGUGGAAGUACCUACUGGAUAUCGUCACUACACUGUUCGUGGGACGACUACUGCCUAAGAGUAUGGUGGAAGUGGAAGACUACCUAGCACCGAACGGGACAGUUUCGCUUCUGAGAGAAGCCGCGAGAGGCUCGGAGGCCGGCUUGCUGUCCAGCAUUUAUUCUUACAUCGCACUGGGAGAAUCAGGUAUUCGAACCCCAACGCCUCACGAAAAGAGUCUGAUCGACAUAGCAACAGACUGCGUGGCCAAAUGCAACUUGCCCGGACUGCUGGUCACUGAAACCAAAUUCUUACAACUCGAGAGCUUACAAGAACUAGUCCGAGCGAUGGUGGUGGCGGGUACCCCGCCUGACGCUGAAAGCCUCCAGAUGAAUCCACCCUUGGAAGACGUCACCAUUUUCUACUUAGAACUGCUGGAGCAAACGCUCAUACAAAACAGAGACCGCCUCCUCACAGUGUGGGACGAAGCCGGGCCGCACAUCCGCCGCGUGGUCACGUGGUCGGCCUCCCGUUGCGGCUACACUCUCACGCGCACUCUCACCGCACUCCUGCGCAGCGCCGCGCGUCUGAUGCGCUGCGACCAUUGCGCCGCGCCUGUAUUGCAGCAUUUGAGGCUACUGCUGCAGCUGCCGCAUAAGCCGUUACAGCAGCACACGCCUGCGAUCUCCUGCGGUCUAUACGACAUAGUGAAGACAUCAGCUCAAAACGUACACAGCGCGGAUGAAUGGCGCAUACUGUUCGCGUUGCUAUGCGCCGCCGGUGCCGGCGCCUGGCCCGUUGGAGUGCCGGCCGAUGCUCAAAACACCACGUCGAGCCGAUCAGAAGGCUCGGAAGAUGAGAGUGAGCGACGACCCACUAGUGCCUCGUCGGAGAGCGAACUCUCGCAGUCGCCGCAGCAAGGGUGGAUUCUGGUGAAGAACGAAGCCGCUCCCAUGGUGGAAGGUUCCCCCGGCACUGGUUGGUGGGAGGACGAGCAGAUUACCCUCCGCGGGCAUCGAACAGCGGCCCUCGCGCGCUGUUGCGAGGCGCUGGCGUUGGUGGUGCGCGACGUGGCGCACGUCACGCCCUACAACUGCCGCGCCGCCGUGCGCGCUGUCAGGAUCUUCGCCAGGGCGACGCUGCACGACGCCAAGAAGAGCCGCGACGGGCGCAAGCAGCGGGCCAGCUCGCGGCGGCGCGACGACUCCAGCGACGAGGAGAUCGACACGCUCGACCAGUACCACCUCAUCAGCAUACAGUUACUGGACCUCAUGCAUACUCUACACAGCAGGACUGCGCAAAUAUUUAAGUGGUGGAGGGACGAGGCCGAUCAAGGACAAAAUGCCGAAGAAUACGACUUAUGGGAAGUGGCUUGGAUGCCACUUCUACAAGGUAUUGCUGAAUUCUGCACUGACAGACGGAAACAGGUGUCCAACAGUGCAAUAGCCUACCUCCAAAGAGCGCUGUUAGUCCCAGGCCUAUCGCCAGGGGCAGGCGGCGCGGGCGGUGCGGGUGGCGCGUGGGAGGCGUGCUUCCAAAGGGUCCUCUUUCCUCUGUUAGAGAGGCUGCCACGGCGGGCUCAUAUUGCAGCCAGGGCGAAUACUAUUAUGUGCAAGGUGUUCCUCCAACACCUAUCAGCGUUGUCCCCGCGAGCCAGCUUCACGGCUCUCUGGCUGCGCGUCAUCGACGUCCAAGCGUCGUUAGUGGCGGCGGGCGCGGACGACGCGCUGACCGAGGCCGCGCUGGAGUCGCUCAAGAAUAUGAUCCUCGUCAUGGACUCUGUGCGGAUUUUCAGUAAUGGAGACAAUUACAAUGAACUAUGGUAUAUCACCUGGGAGAAGAUUGGAGAGUUCCUUCCUAAUCUCAAAGAAGAACUAUUCCCUCAAGUGAAAGACAACACCACAGCCAAUGUACCAGCGCCACAACAGCCACUGCCAUCGAUGCCGACCCUCGUCCCAGUUCCAACCAGUACGCCUUCCACCUUAAUACCUCCCCACCCCUUACUCCCCCCGCAUAACCAAACAUCCCCUCAGCACACAUCGCCAGUGUUUGUGCCAACAUUGGCGCCAACAUCACCCGUGAACCUUGGCCAGUCGCCGCCAAAGUUGGCGCCAACGUUGGUCGCUCCGACCCCAGUUAGUGGAAUGGUGCCGAUACGGAAUCAACUGUACGACCAGGCCGGGCUGACGUCAUCAGUACUGUUGCAGCCGUUGAAUGAGAUGAUAUCGACACCGAUUGGGAUAUCGAUCCAAUCGCAGAUGCCGAUCCUCUACCCGCAGACUGCGCCCGAGCCCCUUCAAACCCAGAUCUCGCCCGAGCCAAUCAAAAUUGAACCCAACGCCGCCGUCACACCGCCCACUUUACUACAGCCCACCUACAUAGAAAAUAUAGUCCCAGACAAAGAUAUAAAUCAGAGCGAGCUAUACGCAGAGUACUUGACCAACCCGUACAACGAAGCGAAAGAUUUGUCCGCGAAAGAAGCGACUUUGUACGACCCCGAGAGCCAAACGAUUGACCAGACUGUACCCGAUUCGGAUAUCAGAAAUCCUUUACUAUCAAUCCUGGACAAGCAGAAGGCGUUGAGCACGAACACCACCCCUAUGCACACUAGAAAUAAGACUCAGUUUGGAUCGACGGACAACCUUAGGCCUGACUCAGGUAUUUUCAAUUUCUCUAGCUACUUUAGUUCGGUAAAUGAGCGGGGGUCGGAGGUGUUUGACACCUUGAUGUCGACUCAGGAAGGAUAGCUACCGCCCGAGUGUGAUAUAGGCACGUGGCUAUAAACUGUAGCAUAUUCAAUUAAAUUAGAAUAACAAAUUGUCAAAUUAAUGAAGUCCAGUUUUUAUCUCUUUCUAUUUAAUCUUUCGUCUUUAAUCUUUAUAUGAACUACAUUUUACAGAAUCACUGAUGAUUUCGUUCAUGACUUUCGUUUUAAAAGUGUAUUUACUUUAUACCUGAUACAUAAGCUUCAUAAGGCCACAUUUAAAAACUGGACUUACAUAUUCAUGAAUCAGGAUAGGAAAUAAUAAAGUGCCACAAAUAAAAAUAUAUCAGAAUCAAAAAUAGCAGUGCUAUAACCGAAACUACUCGCAAUUGUUCCUUUAAAUCUGGCCCAGAGUAUCUAAUAUUAGAAUUAUGAAAAUACAUAUUAAGUUUCUUGUAAUAAUCAUGUAUUCAUGGGACUACAUUAUCAUAAGACAAUCCAUAGUCUUUUUUAUUGAUGGUAGAUGGUUAUCGUCUUUCUACAGAAUAGAUUUAUGGUGAUCAGCACAUCUCUACCCACAUAAUCGUUGCAAAAUCGCACCUUUUUUAAACACAUAAGGACACCUUAUUUAACUUGAUAUGUCCAUGUAAACUUUGGUCUUUCAUUUGCUAAAAAAAUAUUGGGCAAAGAGAGGGCCUUUCUUUAUGUAUCACUGCACCUCGAUACCCUUUACUUAGGUACCAUAGAUAAGGUGCUUGUUCCUUCACUAAAUCAUUAUAAUGUUCAAAGUUGAAUUCAUAUUAGUAUUUAUAAAUUGGGAUACGGUUGUUUUUGUAUAAGUAACGUUUCCUAUGAGUACUAGUUGACGAUUGUGAUGCACUUAGGCGAAGAUAACUAUGUUGCUUUAUAAAGAACGCACAUAUAUCCCAUCAAUCGUCAUCCGUAUUGAACUUUUAACAUGCAGAAGUGUAUAAAAAUAUGAAUUUAAGUAACUGAUAAUAGCAGUUUUAAUAUCAAUGGCAAACGUUCACUUUUAACACAAACUGUUGUAGUACAAUCUCUGUUAAUGGUGUGAUAGUAAAACCCUUUUAUUUAAAGGAAAAAGUUCCUCCAUUUGGUAAAAUGGAAUCAUCAUUAUAGAAAGUAAGAAAGAAAGAAAGAAACAUUUAUUGUCAUUAUCAGCUCCUGAAGUUGAGACAAAGAUAAUGACGAUUUGAUUUUAUGAAAGCCUUAGCAAAUUCUUAGGUUUCAAAGUUCUUUCGGUACGGAUAGAUGUGCGUUCAUCUUUAUAGUGUAACUCUUUUAAUACUUACUUCACUUUUUUUGUCCAAUAAGCGAGAAGGAGAAUGCCCCAUAUUAUUAUGGCAUUUCUUUCAGUUUCUUAACCAGUAAACUAUUCCCUGCAUACUUUGAGUAAUAUUCACUAGCAGGUUAAUAUUUGUCUAUGUUUGGAAGGAUGACCAGAGACAAAUUAAAACAGUCUAUGUUUUCAUAUUACUCAAUGGAUAUUUAUGUUGAGCAUUCGAAGAGAGAAGCUAUCGACCCACUGAGUAAGUAAGCACUGCUUGAAUUGUUAUCAAAUAUUGUUAUGUAGUUUAUUACACAAUUCUAGUUUUCUCAUUAAAGGUAUAUUCACAUACGUAUCUCUGGCACUCUGAGUUUCUAUAGUGAUUACAUAGAGCACACGGUGUGAGACUAUGUGAACACACCUUUACCAGCCUUUUAAU